AUGACGACAGUUUUAGGAGGCGCGAGUUUGCUCGUGUUUGCGGCGUUCAGCGAACGACACGCGGGGUAUAAGCACGUGUUGGCGGCUAUAUUAGCGGUGUUUAGCAACACCAUGUACGGGCUGUCCGUUAUUUUUUACAACAGCUACUUGCCUAUACUCGCGAAAGAGAGCGAGGCGAUUUUAUCGGAAGGGAAGGAGGAAGAUCACGAUUACGAAAACGAAUUGAGCACGAAAGGGUACGCGGCGGGUUAUUUAAGCGGCGUUCUCGGCUUAUUGUUAUCGCUGGUCGUUUUGUUCCUCUCUGGUGGUUCCGACGAAGUCCGACGAAGACGCGAGCGAUAA